CAUGUCAUGUAUACUGGGUGUUCGAGGGUUACCUACUCCAUUCAUUCAUUCGUCUUUACUUUACUUGUACCCUGACUGUAGCUCACUAUGGCCCUCCUACGACGCUACGGGCUUUACAUAGCCAUUGCUGUGACGAUCAUAUACAUGUUCUACAGCUUAAGCUUCCCAUACGAACCCCCGGGGUCCAAUGCCACGUCAGGCGUAAAGUCCACAAAACGUCCCCGCCCUCCGAAAGAUCCAUCACAACCAUCGUAUGACUGGGCAAACAUACGUAUCAAGAAUCCUGUUGCAUCCAUGGUACAAUUGCCCACUGGCGAACCCACCAAGCUACCAAGGAUACAAUACAAAUUUCAGAAGGAGGAUGCCACGGCGAAAAACAUACGGGAGGUGAGGAAGAAGGAGGUAGAGAAGCAGUUUCUCAAGUGCUGGACAAACUACAGGCAACACGGCUGGAUGCACGAUGAGAUAAGGCCCAUUAGUGGCGAAGUUACCGAUCAUUUCGGAGGGUGGGCAGCGACUCUUAUCGAUGCAUUGGAUACUCUAUGGAUAAUGGGAUUCAAGGAAGAAUUCGACUCCGCGGUCGAGGAUGUAGAGAUGAUUGAUUUCAGUUUCACAACACUUGGCAGGGUCAACGUGUUUGAGACAAAUAUAAGGCACCUGGGAGGGUUGCUGGCAGCAUACGAACUGAGUGGAGACAAGAGGCUCUUAAACAAAGCCAAGGAAGUUGGCGAGAUGCUGUACCACGCAUUCGACACACCAAACCGUAUGCCGGUUACCAGAUGGGAUUUCCAUGCCGCAGGGCAGGGUAAGCCGCAGGUUGCAGACGAGCAGGUCCUGCUUGCGGAGGUUGGAUCGAUGACGUUGGAGUUCACUCGCCUCUCGCAACUUACUGGCGAUCCGAAAUACUACGAUGCGAUCACGCGCGUAACAAAGGUUCUAGAGAGGGAACAGGAUAGGACCAAGCUGAAAGGGAUGUGGCCCAUUGUUGUCAAUGCGCGGAACCAGGAUUUUACUGCAGACAACGGGUUCACUCUUGCCUCCAUGGCCGAUUCGACAUACGAGUAUCUUGCAAAGAUGCAUAUUCUUUUGGGCGGUCACGAACCCACAUACAAGAAGUUGUACGAGAAGGCCAUGAGCGCCGCCAUCGAACACUCAAUCUACCGUCCGAUGACCCUCGGCGAUUCCGAUAUGCUCAUGUCUGGCUUCGUGCGGGUAGAAGACUCGAGGGUGCUCUUGGAUCCAGAGAUGCAGCAUCUUGUGUGCUUUUCCGGAGGCAUGUUUGCGCUGGGUGGCAAGCUCUUCGGCGACAAGGAGCACGUCAGUAUUGGUCGAAAGCUCGCCAACACAUGCGUAUGGGCGUAUAAAGUCUCACCUGCAGGAAUCAUGCCCGAAGUUUCGCAUCUCCUCAAAUGCGCCAAUACGACAGAAUGUCAUUGGGACGAGAAAGUGUGGCACGAUGAAGUUGCAUCAAGAGCGGGAGACAACAAAGAAAAGGACCCUCUACGGAAUAUUGCGAGUUUGAGACUACCGGAAGGUUUCACAUCUAUAGAGGAUCGCCGCUACGUUCUCCGCCCGGAAGCUAUUGAGAGCGUAUUCAUCAUGUACCGCAUCACGGGUGAGCAAUCGUGGCAGGCUGCGGCGUGGGACAUGUUCACUGCGAUCCAGAGGAGCACAGACACGGAUAUUGGGAACUCCGCGCUGAUGGACAUCUCAGCGGAUGUGCCGCCGAGGAUCGAUUCCAUGGAAAGUUUUUGGAUGGCGGAAACGCUCAAGUACUUUUACCUUACGUUCUCCGAGCCGAACGUCGUCAGCUUGGAUGAUUAUGUCUUCAACACUGAGGCGCAUCCGUUCAAGAUUCCGAAACCGAGGGAAGGGAAACAACCAUCUUGAAUCUGUGAUGAAUCACGGUACAUCACACCAGUAGCUUGAAUCAAACUUGAGCCC